UUAAGUAGUAUUUGGUAUUGGAAGAAGCCAAAGGCAGGGGAGGAGGAAGAGUCUUCUCCUGCUUCUGAUCUCUCCUCCCUUCUCUUCUCAAUUCAUCCAUCCCCUUUUGUCCCUAUCAAACCCUUCCUUUUUUUUUUCUCUGUCUCUCUCUUUCUACCUUGGCAUUGUUUUCUCGCAAAUCUUGCUUUCUAAACCCCCAAAAACCUCCCGGAAAACAACCCACCCACCCCGCGCGUGGAUGGACGGCCCGCGGCCGCCGCCGCCGCCCAAUGCGCUGCGCCGAUCGCGCCUGUUGCGCAGGACCACGCCGCCAUCGUCGUCGUCGUCCGCCGCCGGGGGUCUCCGGCAUUAGACCCCGGGCCGUUCAGAAUUCCACGCCGCCACCGCAAACGCGGGAUUGGAAUAGCGGGUGGGCCGUCAGGGAGGAGGUUUUCUUUUGUGGUCGUUGCCGCUGGAGUUGAUCGAUCGAUCGGUCGGUCGUCUCACGGGGCGAUCGGUCGGCAUGUCGACGGCCACCAAGGAGGAGGCGGCGGCGGCGGCGUCUGCGCCGGCGCCGGCAAUGGGCAGCGAGGAGGCUGCGGCGCGGGCGGCGCAGAAGCGGUACGAGGGGCUCCUCACCGUGCGGGCCAAGGCGGUCAAGGGCAAGGGCGCCUGGUACUGGGCGCACCUGGAGCCGGUGCUCAUCCCCGCCGCCGACACCGGGAUGCCUCCCAAGGCCGUCAAGCUGCGCUGCGGCCUCUGCUCCGCCGUGUUCUCCGCGUCCAACCCAUCACGUACGGCUUCGGAGCACCUUAAGCGCGGCACCUGCCCCAACUUCUCCGCGCCGCCACCGGGCGCCGCCGCGGCGUCCGGUUCUUCCGGUUCGCAGCAUCAGCAGCAGGCGCAGCAAGCGGCUUUGCCGGCGUUGCCGCCACCGCCAAACUCCACGGCAUCGUCGCCUAUCCCCAUCUCGUCCAUUCCGCCAUCGUCGCCGCGCAACCCGCACCACCACUCGCAGCCCCAACAGCAGCAGUCGCAUCACCACCACCACCACCACCAUCACUCCGGCAGCCGGAAGCGCCACUCGAUGCCUCCGGCGUACACGGCCGCGGAGCCCGUGUCGCACCACCACCUCGUCGUCGUCGACCCGUCAUCGGUUUACUCCCCGUCGCCGCCCGCCCUGCCGCCUCCACCGCAGUCGGCGGCGCUCGUGCUCUCCGGCGGCAAGGAGGAUCUCGGCGCGUUGGCCAUGCUGGAGGACAGCGUGAAGCGGCUCAAGUCGCCCAAGGCGUCGCCGGGGGCGAUGCUGCCCAAGCCGCAGGCCGACGCGGCGCUUGCCCUGCUCGCCGAUUGGUUCGUCGAGUCGUCGGGCGGCGUCUCGCUUUCGUCCGUCGCGCACCCGAAACUCCGGUCCUUCCUCCGCCACGUCGGCCUGCCGGACCUGCAGCGGACUGACCUCGCGGGGGCUCGGCUCGACGCCCGCUUCGCCGAGGCCCGGGCCGACGCCACCGCACGCGUCCGCGACGCGCUUUUUUUCCAGCUCGCCGCGGACGGGUGGCGGGAGCAGGUGGUCACUCUCUCUGUCAACCUCCCAAAUGGCACGUCUGUUUUCCACCGCGCCGUGCCGGUCCCCGCCCUGGCGCCCUCCGACUACGCCGAGGAGGUGCUGCUCGACGCGGUGGCGUCCGUCUCCGCGUCUGGCUCCUCCAAUGACCUGCACCAUUGCGCGGGCAUCGUCGCUGACCGGUUCAAGUCAAAGGCCCUUCGUGAUCUCGAGAGCAAGCACCAUUGGAUGGUGAACCUGUCCUGCCAAAUCCAUGGCCUCACCCGGCUGGUUCGGGACUUCGCGCGGGAGCUCCCUCUCUUCCGCUCCGCCGCGGCUAAAUCCACCAAGCUGGCCGCCUACUUCAAUGCCAAGCCGACGGUGCGGUCCCUGCUGCACAAGCACCAAAUCCACGAGCUCGGGCAUGCGUCCCUCCUCCGUGUCGCGCAUGUGCCAUUCAACAGCAGCAGCGGCAGCGACUUCCGUGCGGCCUUCGAGAUGCUGGAGGACGUCUUGACCUCUGCCCGCCCGCUCCAGCUCGCCGUCUUGGAGGAGUCCUACAAGCUGGUCUGCAUCGACGAUUCAGCUGCCAGGGAGAUGGCGGAGAUGGUGCAGAGCGGGUCGUUCUGGAAUGAGGUUGAGGCCGUGCAUCUGCUGGUGAAGCUGAUCAUGGACAUGGUGAAAGAAAUGGAGACUGACAGGCCUCUGGUUGGGCAAUGCCUGCCUCUCUGGGAGGAGUUACGUGGCAAGGUUAGAGAUUGGUGUGAUAAAUUCAACAUUGAUGAAGGUGCUGCCCUGAAUGUGGUGGAGAAAAGGUUCAGGAAGAACUACCAUCCGGCCUGGUCAGCGGCAUUCAUAUUGGAUCCUCUCUACCUGAUCAAGGAUGCCAGUGGGCGCUACCUCCCACCUUUCAAGUUCUUGACGCCUGAUCAAGAGAAGGAUGUGGACAUGCUCAUCACCAGGAUGGUGUCGCGGGAGGAGGCACACAUUGCAGUGAUGGAGCUCAUGAAAUGGCGGACGGAAGGGCUGGACCCAUUGUAUGCGCAGGCGGUGCAGGUGCGGCAGCCUGACCCAUCCACCGGGAAGAUGAAGGUCGCGAACAAGCAAAGCAGCCGUCUCGUGUGGGAGACAUGUCUGAGUGAGCUCAAGUCGCUCGGGAAGGUGGCGGUACGGCUCAUCUUCCUGCAUGCCACUGCUAGGGGGUUCAGGUGCUCACCGUCCAUGGUGCGUUGGCUCUCUGCUCCAGGGAGUUUAGCUGGCGGCAUUGAUCGUGCGCACCGCCUAGUGUUUGUUGCUGCAAAUUCCAAGCUGGAGAGGAGGGAUUUCUCGAGUGAUGAAGAUAAGGAUGCUGAGUUACUCACUGAAGGAGAGGAUGAUGUGCUAAACGAGCCUGGCACUUUGGAGCGCUCCUCAGUGUAACACCCUUAUUUAAUUGUUUCUUAUUUCGUUUUUUUUUCACUCCUCUAUUAGCCUUUUGUAGAAUUUAAUCCCUAGGAAUUGCUAGAUUUUCCCCCCUACAUAUUUUUUUGCCUCCUAGAAUUUCUUCCUUGUGCCCAUGCUGUUAAUUCUUACUUCCUCACUCUAGAUUUUGGUGGGGUGGGGAGUGGGGCAUGAGAUGGAGAUAUGCAUCCUUUGUUCAUCAAGUUUGGUUAAGAAUGACUGUCUCUUGCCAUACAUGAUUCCAUGGGGCCAUUGAACUUGCAGAGAUUAAUGGAAGUGUUUCUGUCAAUAUGUUCAUAGUCGGUGGUACACCGAAAGCGGGAAGAAUGUGUAACCAUUUUGUUUUUUUGUGAAAAUUAAUAAUAUUGAUAUGCAGUUGAAUGCAA